AUGACAAUAAUCUAUCUCCGGUUCUCGAAGAACCCUGCUCCUGUUGAAGAUAUUGCCCUCGUCACCAAGACUCUUCUAAACAUCAACCCAGGCCUAGACGAGACCGAGCGCACCGAGGAUACCAUCACCUUCUCUUCUACAGACCACGACGUCGACAUCUUUGGCGAAAUCUUCGAAGAAUGGCUGCAUUCAGAACCCCCAGUCAUCACAACGUUUCGAAUGCUGGCCGAUUCUUAA